UAGCAGACAGCUGCUCCUGAUACAGGCGUCUUCGGCGCGCAAGGAGCAGAAUGAGCGGGGCGGCACUGGCCAUCGAGAUUGUGGUCGUCUUUUUUCUGGCUCUGUUCCUCCUGCAUCGGUAUGGAGACUUUAAGAAGCAGCAGCGUAUGGUCCUGUUCAGCACGCUGCUCGCCUGGUACCUGUGCUUCCUCAUCGUCUUCAUCCUCCCUCUGGACGUCAGCACGACAAUAUACAGACAGUGUGUAAGCAGCCAUCGGGGACCCGCUCCAGGACCUCAGACCUCCAACCAGACGACAAGAAAUGCAACUGUUGCACCCACUAUUAGCAUUGCGACAGCGUGUCACAAGCCAUGGAGCUACAUUCCUGAUCGGAUCAUGCCUGUCUUCUGGAGGGUUGUGUACUGGACCUCACAGUGUCUUACAUGGUACAGUAUGUGGACACCUGAACAUCACACCUACAGUAGCAGUCAAAAGCUUCUUCUGCCCUUUAUGCAAUCAUAUGCUCGCUCGGGAGGCUUCUCCAUCACAAGCAAAAUAAAGACGGCGCUCAUCGAGAACGCCAUCUACUACGGCACGUACCUGUUUAUAUUCGGCUCUUUGCUCAUCUACGUAGCUGUACGUCCUCAGUGGAGUCUUUCCUGGUACGAGCUGCAGACAAUUGGCAUCACAGCGGCCAACACAUGGGGUCUGUUCCUGUUGGUGCUGCUGAUGGGCUACGGCCUGGUGGAAAUCCCACGCUCUUACUGGGAAGCUUCUAAACAAGGACACUUGCUCAUUAAGACUUACUUCAAAGCAGCAAAGCUGAUGACUGAGAAAGCAGACGCAGAGGAGAACCUGGAGGAUGUCAUGGAGGAGGUGAGGAAGGUCAAUGAGUCUAUCAAGUAUAACCACCCCUUCAGGAAGUAUGUUGAUACGAUCCUUAGAAAGAUGGCAUGCUUCAUCACAAUCUUCUUCCUUUGCACUUGCGUGUACUCCACUGUGUUUCGAAUCCGUGUCUUCAACUACUACUACCUGGCCUCACACCAUCAGACAGACGCCUACAGCCUUCAGUUCAGUGGAAUGCUUUUUUGUCGGUUGACUCCACCCCUCUGCCUGAACUUCCUCGGUCUGAUCCACAUGGACUCGGCUAUCUCUCACCAGGCAAAAGAGCAGACAGCCUACACUUCAAUCAUGGGAUCAAUGCAUGUCCUCUCCUUUAUCGCCAACGGAUUUUACAUCUACUAUCCCAUGCUGAUUGUCAUCCUGUGCAUUGCCACAUACUUCAGCCUUGGUACCCGCUGUCUGAACCUCCUGGGCUUCCAGCAGUUUAUGGGAGAUAAUGAGAUGACCUCUGACCUGAUCGAUGAGGGCAGGGAGUUACUGCGUAGAGAGAGAAGAAAACGGCAAAGGAUAGAGGAUGGCGAGAACAGAAGAAGAGAGUGGCGAGAGCGCUACAGCCAUCAGAGAGAUGAGACAGUAACAAGAAACAGGGCCUCUGCCUCUGAAAUGAAGGAGCCCAAUUAUGCUGACACACUCAGCUCCAACUCAAACAGACAGGCUAAAUACUCUCGCGGUGGAGGCACUCGCUCUGAGAGAGACCGCAUAGAGCUCCUGCAGGACGCUGAGCCUCUGGACUUCAACGCAGAAACAGUCAGUGAUGACCCGCUGGAGUCCAACAGGCACGCAGGAGGACGGUAUCUCUCAAUGUCCUCCUCACAGAGCAGGAUCUUUGAUGACGUGUGAACACAUUUUGGUAGGAGAAGAGCAGAAAGGAGGCUGGAGUCUAUCCAUCUACUGCUCAGUCUAACCUCGAGUAAGGAGACAUUGUUGGACUUUGCGUCCUUCGUGAAUGUAGACUGUUAAAUUCUGCUGAGACUGCACAACAAUAAUGGGUACUCAUGUUGUAUCUUUGAAUGCAGAGUAUGUAUCUUCUAAAAACCCUGUUCCAACACCUGUUUAAAUGCUCCCUCGUAAAACUUUCCCUGGAUGAACGUGUUAUAUUUCAGAAGCAAGGACUUACCCAGAAGGCAUCGCGAUCUGACCUUUUCCUACAAGCAAAAAUAGGCAGAAGGUGUUCAUAUAAAAGUAAACAGGAGCAAUGAAUUAAUUCAUUAUUUCAGAUUUGAUUAUUACUUGUUAGUGUAUGCUAGUUACCUGGUUGGCUGUGUGUGUAGGUCAAAGAAAACUCUGCAAAUGGCCACAGAAAUCAGUUCUCGUUGGGUUUUUUUUUUUAAUGUUCGCGAAACAUCUGAUUUUUUUUUCUAUCUUGGUGCACAGUGAAUAGCUGUGUAAUGGAAUCAAUGUCUUUUGUGUUCAUAGUUCCUGAAUCUAAAGAGAUUUGGUUAGCCCUGACCCUCCCCCAGUGGUGGAUGUUCUAGGAGAGGGAGAGAGCGAGUAGGUGGGAAUGUGUAAAUGACCAAACUGGGAGAAAAUGAAGGGAAAAAAUUACCCACAGCACUGAAGAGUUGAUUUAAAUCAUCAGGAGCGACAUACGAUUCAUUAAUUCUGCAUGAGAUGGGAUUUGGAGUCGGGUGGCAAUGGAGGAGGGUUCUCCAUGUUGUUGUCUGAUGUAGGUGUUACACGCUUCCAAGUCAGCAAAGGCAUUUAAAACAGUAGUGAAACAGUUGUUGGGUUGUUGUUGGGUUUUUUUUCCCCCCUCUUAAAUGCUGCAUGUCAAGAACUGGAUUUUUCUUCUCUUUGCAUACAGAACACCCCCACCCCACCCCCCAGUUACUGUAUCAACCCAACUUUGUAUAUGACCUGAGCAGUGAGUCACCCCAAGCAUGGUGCAAUUAAUAUUGAAAUGUCUCCAAGAGCUUUAUUCUGAUUGCGUUCCUUUUACCGCUAAUAUCUAGAGGUGCCAACAUCUUCUGUACGAUUUAGCAUUUAUGAUGACAGGCUUACCAAAACUGAAUGCUUCAAGCUUGGAAAAACAUUGCCUGGUUGUAGCCCAUCCACGUCAAGGUUCUGCAUGUUGUGCAUCUUGAGAUGCUUUUCUGUUCACCGUGGUUGUAAAGAGUGGUUAUUUGUUACCAUAAUCUUGUCAGCUGUCAGUCUGGUCAUUCUCCUCUGACUUCUCCAUACAUGUCAACCUUUGGUCAAUCAAACCUGUAUAACCAACCUCCAAAAUCCGUAUUUCCCUUAUAAAAUCCGUAUAAGAUGCAAAUUAAAAUAAUUUGCCUAAAAUUUGAAUGAUAAUUAACAAUGAUAUAUCCCAGUUACUUUGUAUUCAAUAUUAAUAACAAUAAACCUUCAGAAUGAAUACAAAGCUCCAAUGUUUGACAAAAACACAGUGUUAUCAGCGUAGUUACGAAGGAAAUACUUCGUUGUUUGGAGACAGGUUUCACCGAGCGGCUAUUAUGCGCCAGACUUCAUAUUAGCCACAAAGUCAGGAAAAUCUGUUCGUAAAAUUACGUUAUAAUGACCAAAUACAGUGAAAAGUAUUUUUCCAGUCUCACCUGUGAAAGGUAAUCCCAUGUGAUCUCGUUUGGACGGUAAACCUGUUGGUACAGUUAAACGCAGCACAUGAAUGAGGCAUCUUUAUUCUCGGCUACUGUAGACGCUAUACCAGAGACGGUUGAAGAAUCUCCACUUUGCCACAUCCAAUAUGGCGGCGAGGAUGACGUAUGAUUCUACGCAGAAGGCGGCGUCUAUGUUUAUAUGUCUAUGACUUCACGGUUGGCGGGAUUCUCGCAAUGCGGUGUGCGCAUGAUCAAAAGUGGAACGAAGUCUCGCUACCACAAGAUAACACGCGAUUUCAUAAGACUCUUUACUGGCUGUCUGUGGUGUACAGUACGUUUAUCAUCGUGGGAAUUGAUUAUAGCUCUAAAUAAAUAUUGAAGUUUUUUUUAAAGAAUCCGUAUACCGUAUUUUCUGGACUAUAAGCCGCUACUUUUUUCCUAGGUUUUGAACCAUGCGGCUUAUACAAAGGUGCGGCUAUUCUGUGGAUUUUUCUUCCACCGCUAGGGGCGCUCUAACCGGAAGUAGAAUCAAAAAUAAGAUAGACGAAAAAUCAAUGCAAAGAAGAAUUAGCAGAUCUUUAGCAGAUAGAACACGCACGACAAAUUACUAACUGGUAAUUAUUUUCAAAUCCAGCGAAGAUGAUUAAAGUGACUUGUGGUUUCAAACACAGGAGAAAUGAAGGUAAAUAAAUACCGGUUAUUUUCUCUUGGUUCUGUUCCGUUUUAAUCAGCAAAGUUGCUGCCGUGUUAAAAGGCACUGUUCGGAAAGAAUCUGUUCAGGUACAUACAUGUACAUUUACAGUACAAAAUCGUUCUGUACAUGCAGUAAAUAUCUAAUUUUUCAACAUAGAUAUCUGCGGCUUAUAGCCCGGUGCGGCUUGUAUAUCUUUUUUUUUUUUUUUUUUAAAUAGAGCGGAUGCGGCUUAUAUACAGGUGCACUCUAUAGUCCAGAAAAUACGGUAACUUUAUUUAUACGCCCGUAUACUACGUUUAUUGAAUCAAAUCCGUAUAAAAUACGGACAUUCCGUAUAGGUUGACAUGUAUGCUUCUCAACAACAAGGCAUUUCCACAUGCUGAACUGUAGCUCACAGGAUGUUUUUUGUUUCCACACCACUCCAGGACUGAUGUGUUUGUUUGAAAAUUCCAGGAGAUCAGCAGUUUCUGAAAUACUCACUCAAAUCGGCUUGUUUUGGCACGAACAGUCAUUCCACAGUAACUGAUGUCACUUUUUUUUUUUUUUCUCCCCUGUUCUGGUCUUUGACAUGAACAUUAACUGAAGAGCUGUAUCUGCAUGAUUUUAUACAUUACACUACUGUCAUAUGAUUGGUUGGUGUACAGGUGUUCCCAGUACAAGUGGCUGGUAAGCGUUUAUUGAAACUGGAAUGUUAUGGGUUUUUUUGUACUGUUUACUGCAUUUUUACCCCUUUUGGGUUUGACAGGUUUGCUUCCCAGAGCAUUACUUUUGCUUUGACACGACUUGAUCGAGGUGAAUUCAGGAGUCUCGUAUUAUACAGUGCCCGCUACGAUUAUUGGCACCGCUUGUAAAGUUUAGUAAAAAGGGUUGGGAAAAAAUCCACCUUUUUGGUGACGAAGCUUAAUCUCACACUGGAAAAAAAAGAGAAAUAUCCAGCCUUUUAUUGAAAUAAAUUUAUUCAGAGAAAAACAAAUCCCUCAUCAAGAAAUAAUUAUUUUUAACAAAAACACGUGCCACUCGGUGGUGUAGUGGUUAGCGCUGUCGCCUCACAGCAAGAAGGUCCGGGUUCGAGCCCCGUGGCCGGCGAGGGCCUUUCUGUGCGGAGUUUGCAUGUUCUCCCCGUGUCCGCGUGGGUUUCCUCCGGGUGCUCUGGUUUCCCCCACAGUCCAAAGACAUGCAGGUUAGGUUAACUGGUGACUCUAAAUUGACCGUAGGUGUGAAUGAGAGUGUGAAUGGUUGUCUGUGUCUAUGUGUCAGCCCUGUGAUGACCUGGCGACUCGUCCAGGGUGUACCCCGCCUUUCGCCCGUAGUCAGCUGGGAUAGGCUCCAGCUUGCCUGCGACCCUGUAGAAGGAUAAAGCGGCUAGAGAUAAUGAGAUGAGAUGAAACGUGCCACUGUUAUUAGCACCCCUGCAUGUAAUACUUUAUACAACCUCCAGUAAAACAGCACUGAGUUUCUCUUAUAACAUUUUAUAAAGUUGAAGAUCAAGAGCAGGGAAUCUGAGACCAUUCCUCUUUACACAAUCUCUCCAGAUCAUCCAGGGUCCUCUGCCCUCUCUUGUGCUCUCUCCUCUUCAGCUCAGCCCGCAGGUUUUCAAUGGGGUUCAGGUCAGGGGACUGAGAUGGCCAGGGCAGAAGCUUGAUUCCGUGGUCAGUGAACCAUUUUUGUGUUGAUUUGGACAUGUGCUUCACAUUAUUGUCCUGCUGAAAGAUCCAGUGACAACAUAGUUUUAGUUUCCUGCCAGAGGCAGACAGAUUUUCAUUUAAAAUGUCCUGGUAUUUCAUGGAGUCCAUGAUGCCAUGGACCCUAACAAGGUUUCCAGGGCCUUUGGAGGAAAAACAUCCCCUAAACAUCACAGAACUUCCACCAUAUUUUACAGUUAGGAUCGGAUUCCUUUCAUUAUAGCCAUCCUUCUUUUUAUACUAAACCCACCUUGAGUGUUUAUUGCUAAAAAGCUCCAUUUUUUUUUUUUUUACAUCAGACCAUAGAAUACGGUUCCAGUCAAAGUUGUAGUAGCGUUUUGCAAAUUUCAGACGCUUAUGUUUGCGGUUAAAUGACGAAGGCUUUUUUUCUGGCAAACCUUCCAAUUAAUCUGUUGGCAUGGAGGUGGCGUCUGAUGGUGGUUUUGAAGACUUGGAAAGCCCAAAGUUUUACUUUUUCUUGUAAUUCACCAACGGUGAUCCUUGGAGAAUUUUUUUGCCUCUCUUCCCAUCCUCCUCACUGUUUGGGGUGGGGGGAUAAACAUGGGUCCUCUUCCAGGCAAGUUUGUAACAGUUCUAGUUGGUGUCCAUGGUUUUAUUAUUGCCCCAACAGUAGAAAUGGAAACCGGAGCACCCGGAGGAAACCCACGGGGAGAACAUGCAAACUCUGCACAGAAAGGCCCUCGCCAGCUACGGGGCUCGAACCCGGACCUUCUUGCUGUGAGGCGACAGCGCUAACCACUACACCACCGUGCUGCCCACGAGUAUCUUUUUUUUUUUAUUUAAUUAAUUUAUUUAUUUUAAUAAUCAUUCCCUGACUCAUGAAGGUCAACAUACUUUUUUUUUUUUUUUUUCCUCCCUCAUUUGGUUUGUGUGUUCUCUUAUCUUUCCCAUGUUGAGGGAUGACUAAGGGAAUUUGGCCUCUGUGUCACCUCAUAUUUGUUCCCCAGUUAAUCAGGAAGUCAUGGAUUACAACUUGGAAGUUCCUACACACUCCAAUCAACUCAAAACUGUUUAAUUUAAAUAGGAGACAUGCUUCAGUUACAUUGGGCUCGGCAACAAUAUUGGCACGUGUUUUUGUCGAAAAGAAUUUCUUGAUGAGGGAUUUGUUUUUCUCUGAAUAAAUUUAUUUUAAUUAAAGGUUGGAUUUUUCUCUCUUUUUUUUUUUUUUUUUCCAGUGAGAUGAAGCGACUUCAGCAAUAGGUGGAUUUUAUUUUCCUAAACUUUACAAGGCGUGGCAAUAAUCAUGGAGGGUACUGUAUAUAAUCUGUAAUUAGUCCCAGAUAUACAUUUUGACAUAUGAAAAAAUUAUAUGUACAGUGUUUUAACAGGAGUUCUCAGGUGAGAUUUAUUCGGGUGAAAGGUUUGGGGUCUUCAGCAAAAAAUAAACUGGAAUAAAUUGUGGAAUAAUCUUGCAUGGAAAGCGGAUGCUAAUGGACCUUUUGGGAAGGAAAUCUAUAUUGAAGGAAAUACACAACUCUAUAUAAUGAAGUAUGUUUUAAUUUAAUAUUCUGUCCCUACAUGCCGGCACGCACGCACAUACAGUAAUUAAAUCUAAUAUUUAUUCGUAUUAAAUGGCUUGCUCAGUAAAUGAGUUCAUUUAUUUUUGCAUCCAGUGCAGAUGGGCUUGUGGCCAGGGUGAAACUCCAAAAUUAACUUUGCCAGGUGCAGAGUUAAAAGACGUGAACCACAGACUAUUGGGUUUUUUUUCCUGUUCUUUAAAAUAAAGACAUUAUAUUGUUUAAUGAGUGAAUAAUGCUGGUGUUUAAUGUCAGUGCUUGUCGUUUUUUUUUCCUUUUAAUAGGAUUUUGAUGUAUUAAGGUGAUUUGACAUACUGUAUCUUGCUUGUUUGAGCAGAACAGCAAAAAAAGUGGCCUUAUUUCCUGUGACGUGUUAUGGAAAGGAGGAUUGUGUUACCUGCCAUUCGUCAUUGCACUGCCAUCCUGAAUGCAAGAACAAUUCAAACUACUGUGGCUUUUUUAAUAAUACAUCAUACAUAAUAGUUAAUGAUCAGUAGCAUAGUUUUCAGUGUCACUUGAAAUGUGUAAAGCUGAUUUUAAUUCUUUUAUCGUUAUGUGUUUUUUGUUUUUUAAUUUCUCAGAUCUUUAAUCAUUAAUGAUCGUCAGUGUGAGGUGACAGAAGAUUAUAGACGUCAUGCACAAGCAUGAGGAAUAUUACCUCAAUUUUAUCAGUUCAUCUUUGUUGAGCAAGGACUUUAGGCAACUUUUAAAGAUCUCAAUGUAUAUUUAAAAAAGAAUAAUGAAGUGUAAUGUUAUAACUGCAUUCAUGCUUUCUGGAUAUUUUUCUUGUUUCAUUCCUUAAAGGCGUAGUUUAGUGAGAUUACACAUUCAUGCAAUUACAAAUGUAAGUAAUCAGCUGAAAUAUCUCGAGCUUUGCACUUGAACCGUAAGACCCAAAGACAGCGUCUCGGCUGAUAAGUAGUAGAAGCCGCUCGUCCAAAAUGUUUGUGUCAAACCACAAGCAGUUCUUCAGUGAUGGAGUGAAAGUCCCACUAUGUCUUAAACCACAUGUUCAAGUGACAAAAAAAAGCGUUCCUUUCUUUUACUAUGUAAGUAAGUGCAGAAUAAUACAACGAAUGAUGUUUUAACUGAGGAUUUCUCCGUUCUGCACAAAUCAGGUGUGAUGUGGUAGAAUGACAAUUCCAAACAAUUGGCUUGAACAAUUCCUCGGACCAGGGCGGCACGGUGGUGUAGUGGUUAGCACUGUCGCCUCACAGCAAGAAGGUCUGGGUUCGAGCCCCGUGGCCGGCGAGGGCCUUUCUGUGCGGAGUUUGCAUGUUCUCCCCGUGUCCACGUGGGUUUCCUCCGGGUGCUCCGGUUUCCCCCACAGUCCAAAGACAUGCAGGUUAGGUUAACUGGUGACUCUAAAUUGACCGUAGGUGUGAAUGUGAGUGUGAAUGGUUGUCUAUGUGUCAGCCCUGUGAUGACCUGGCGACUUGUCCAGGGUGUACCCCGCCUUUCGCCCGUAGUCAGCUGGGAUAGGCUCCAGCUUGCCUGUGACCCUGUAGAACAGGAUAAAGCGGUGAGAGAUAAUGAGAUGAGAUGAGAUUCCUCGGACCGAUCCUAUAGCGCAUGUGGGCCGACGUUUCUUCAGUUCCCCACUCACAACUUUUAGUUCCUACCUGUAAUAAAUUCCUGUGUACUGUGACUCCCCAAAAAUGGGGGAAAAACUUAACGUGUUUGCAUCUGAUCCCUUUUCCUCAUGCGCCCUUUUAUUAAACGUGUAUAUAUUUCGAAGGUAUGUUAUAUACAGUGACGCGUGCCCACAGCAGACAAACUAAGCACCACGAGAAACUUUUCACAUUCUGUGAAAAUACAGGGGUUACUCUAAUUUAUGAAAAUGUAGUGUAUUUUGGUAUCUUUUGCCCUCCAGGUCCCUGCUUCUCACAGAUUGAAAGCAGAAUUGUAAUAAAAGCUGAAACUUCUAGACAUGAUGAUAUAGCUCCAGUUCCCCCAAAUCACACUUAAAAACAAGAUUAAAUAUUUCGCAGUGUUGCAUUAAAGUGCCAUUCCACCAUUGGAUGUAUUCUUUGGCAUAAAAUACAAUAUAUUUUAUGACAACAUGA